CAAUAAAUAGGAUCCAUUAAAUUAAGUCCAAGGCAUCAAUCAAAUUGAGAGAGAGAGAGGCAUGGAGGAGGAGCUUAACUGGACAGAGGCAGAGGCGGGGAGGAUGAGGGCAGAAACUAGCCUUAUGAGAGAGGAACUGACAGAAAUAGAAGUUGCUGUUGGAGACAUGAAAAAGGAACUUGAAUUGGAACGGAUAAUACUCGAUCGACUCAUUGCCGAUUUGGAGCUCAUGCAAGAAGCAGAACGGGCUCUCCUGGAGGCUCUGUUCCCACAAAACUAAAACCACAUGUUCCAAACAAUGUUUGGUUCAAUGAAAUGACUAUUUCUUUUGCUACCUUCGCAUCUUAUUAACUUCUUAGACAAUAAAAUUAUUUGGAAUAG